GUGAGAGUCUAGUUACAACGAGGCAAAUAAAGGGAUAUUGAUUCUACAUUAGAAUUUCGAAUUUGCUUCCGUACACCCAACGUCUUCAAGAAUGAAGAAAAUUAACAAUUUUGCCCAUUAUCAGGGCCGUCGUCAGAUGGAUAACCGAUUCAACAAAACUAUUCAGGAGAAUUUUAUUGUGACACCAAAUCUGAUACAAAGAUUGGGAUUAUCUCGAGAAUUGGAUGGGCAUACGGGAUGCGUCAAUUGUUUGGAAUGGAGUUCGGACGGCAGUAUUCUUGCGUCUGGAAGUGACGACGUUCAGGUUAUUCUGUGGGAUCCAUUAAAGAACAAAAAGUUGGCAACUAUUCCAACUGGACAUACUGGAAAUAUUUUUUCUGUGAAGUUUCUUCCAAACUCUGAUAACAAAACCGUGAUAACUGGGGCAGCUGACCAAGCUGUACGAGUCCACGACGUGCCAUGCAGCGAUAUACUUCGAGUCUGCACAUGUCACACGAAUCGAGUCAAAAGAUGCGUUACUGAUCCCAUUUUACCAAAUGUAUUCUGGAGUGGAGGAGAGGAUGGCGUCGUCAUCCAGCAUGAUUUAAGAACAUCACACAACUGUCCAGCCCCAGAAGUUAAGAAUGAAAGGAACGUUUUAAUCGACCUUUGUCCAUUUCUGGGUUCUAAAGCUGAAGUUAAAUGUUUGGCAAUCAAUCCAAUGAAAACGGAGCAGAUUGCAGUGGGAGCAAACGAUCCAUAUGUGAGGAUUUAUGACAGAAGGAUGAUCAAAUUAGGAAAGAAUACUUGGCAAAAUGAGGAUGGAGCUGUGCAAUACUUUGUUCCAGGGCAUCUUCCCUCUAAAUUCGUCGAGUACAAAAAGAACUAUCGGUCCUUGGCCUCAACAUAUAUCACAUUUAGUCCAGAUGGUAAAGAACUUUUGGUUAAUUUGGGAGGAGAGCAGAUUUACUUGUUCCCAUUAGUAGAAGAAUGGCAGAGCGAAGUUUGUAAUUUGGUUGUACCUGAUAUGAAAGGAUAUGCAAAUGGCUUUAAAGACACAGCAAAUGGAUACAGUCAUAAUAACGGGUUCAAAAAUGGAACCUUAACCAACAAUGAAUCAGCAUAUUUGGAUAUUAUGCGUGGAAUGCGUCGGACAAGAAAACCAGCAGAGAAAGUUGUUCUUCCUGCAGCAGUUCAAGAAAUUCAGACUGCGGCCAGCAAAGCAUUCGAAGAGAAAAAUUAUUCAAGGGCUAUACAUUUGUUUAAUGAGGCGUUGAGCAUUUGUCCCGAUUCUGCACUUCUUCACGGGCAUCGAUCAGUAGCAUUGCUAAAACGAGAAUGGGAUGGAGACUCGUAUGCUGCUUUUAAGGAUUGCCAAGUUGCCUUCUACCUGGAUCCUGAAUACCAUAAAGUCCUAUUACGUAUGACGCGGUGCCUGUUGGACUUGGGAAGAUCGACAGAAGCAGCAGAAUGCUUCCGUAUCUACAAAGCACGUUUUCCAGAACACUUGAAGACCGAGCUGUGUCAAUCUGUUGAAAAGGAAAUACAAAAAAUAUUCCCUUCCACCGAUUUCUCCGACAACCAAAUUUCUGCAAUGUUGGCCUUGUUGCUAAAACCUUCGGUCCCUCCAAGCGUUUCUUCCAUUUCAAAAAGUGUUGAAGCUCAUGUUGCUGCUUUAGGACGUAGUGCGUUCCUUCGAAGGCGUCCCAGCACAGAAGAGCCAACUCCAUCGAGUUCUAGUGAAAACCUUGAAUCUGACAUGUCUGAUGUGGAUAUGCAACCACAGGAAGCAAUAACUGAUUCUAGGAACCAUUCUUCAGACUCAAAUUCUUCAACAACAACUACGUCAACACAAACCUCAGCUAAACCGGGACAUAAAAGGCCAGAAUUUUAUGAACUUGAAAUGAGGCUACGGGAUAAAUCGGUUGACUUUAGUGACAGAUUCUGCGGACAUUGCAAUACCACAACAGAUAUUAAGGAAGCCAAUUUUUUCGGAGGCUACAUUGUAGCUGGGAGCGAUGAUGGAAGUUUCUUUAUUUGGAAUAGAAAGACAACGAAUAUUGUGAAAAUUAUUAAAGGGGACGAGUCGAUUGUAAAUUGCCUUCAACCGCACCCAAGUACCUGUACGUUGGCAACAAGUGGAAUUGAGUCGGUAGUUAGACUGUGGAGCCCAAUGGCCGAGGAGGGAUUCGUAAAUGACCGAGUUGUUCAUAACAUUAAUGAUGCUGCAUGUGCAAACCAGAAGAGAAUGAAUUCUAAUCCGUUCGAAGUUAUUCUGCUCAAUAUGGGGUACCGUCUAAGUGGAAACGAAGAUGAUGGAUCAGAUAACGAAGAUUCAAUUCCUCAUGAUGUACCGACAGCAUGUCAACCGUCGUGAUCAUCUUAAUUUUUAUCCAUUAGUGUCCUGUCUUUCUUAGAUGUGUGGCUUCCUCUCACUACUAAAAUUCUUUAUUUGUUCACAGCUGGACCAGUAAAAAAAGCCAGCUUUAUUUCUUGACCAAUUCAAUAUCCCACCAAAUGGUUGGUGCAAUAUUAUCCUAAUCGCUACAUAUACACAUCGUCAUUAUUAUACAACACCACCAUUCAUUCUGCUUCUCAUUAUCGCUCGAAUCGAAUAGAUAGUUAUUGUUUUGUAAAUAUUGUUUGUGCUAGUCCUUCCUGGAAAUCAUCAAAUCAUUUAAUAUUCACCUAAUGCGUGCUUAAAAAUUUUGCAGUAUAUUGAAACUAUGAUUAAUUGCAAUUUUGUUGUACCCGUAAUUCGUAAAACGUGCUAAACCAAAUUACCGGUUAACUUUAUAUUAAUUAGAAUUGCGACGAUUAAUGAAUUUUAUGAAUUAUUAUUAUCCCAAGAUAUUUACUUGGAUGAAUGAAUUGUAUUCGUUUCAAUAAAAUGAAUUUGUCAACUAAAAAAUAUUUA